AUGAGAGAUGGAGGGAAACGUGAUUGGUGGAGAGUUGCUUGGAACAAGAUGAAUAUCCCAAAACAUAAUUUCAUAUACUGGUUGGCUAUGCAUGGAAGACUACAGACCAAAGGGAGGCUGGUCGAGAUGGGGAUCUGCCAAGACAAUCUAUGCUGCCUAUGUGGAAGUUGUCCGGAAACUAUUGAGUAUCUAUACUUUGAUUGCAUAUUCUCAAGAACAUGUCUUGAGAUGAUACUUCAGUGGCUAAAGAUCAAGGUAAAUAACACAGAGAUGGCAGGGAUGUGGAAAAGAAUGGCAAGAUGGGCAAGAGGUAAGAUCAGUAGGGGAGUCAUUUGGGCAGUACUUGCUGCUUUGGUGUAUCAAAUAUGGAAUGCCAGGAAUGGGACAUGUUGGAGUCAAGCAGUGCCAAGUCCUCUGGUGGUGAUCAAGCAAAUCAAGGGGGAAAGCAAAAUCAGAGUGUUUGAUAUAUUACAUAGGAAACAAGAUGUAAAGAUUGGAAAUGGAUAG